AUGUUUAAGCAUUUAUGCGCCACAACUUGUGUAGUUUCGUUGAACAAAUUUACGACAGAAGACAUAGAAAAUUACAAGUUGAACUUAAUUCAAAAAAAGAAUGAUACACAUAAUGGAGAUGGUAAUAUAUCAAAAGAUGAGACUAAAUUUAAAGACGAUGAAACGUCUAAAAGUGAUAAAAGGCCAAAAUAUGAUAACAAUUCUGAAGAUGCUAAGUCGUCUAAAGGUGAUAAAACAUCUAUAGACGAUGAGCCUGCUAAAAAAAUACAAAAGUUGAAUACAAAUAGAAAAGAUUUUUUGAAGUUGGUAUUAUYAAGAGAGGAUGAAACGCAUAACUUUAGAUCACAGUUCAAGUCUUCUUUAAUACCGAAAUUAGAAGUGAAACAGGAACCUAUCGCUUCAACCAGCACUGAAUAUACUGUACCUAUUAUAGAAACUGAUUGCAAUGAAUCUACCAAAUCUACCKCACCUGUAAGUUCAUCAGCCAAAAAAGUAAAACCAUUGAUUUGGGUUGCUGAUUAUAGGAAAUUGAUGAAUCAUGAAAAUUAUAAAAAGUGGUUGAAAAUUUACCAUACAGAAAAAAAACUCAAUCAGGUUACAAAUGGCACGAACGAUUUGGCAGUUGAUAAACCCUCAACAAGUAAACCUAAUUCAAAUGGAGUUGAAUGCUCUUUUAAUGACAAAGACAAUAAAAAAGAGCAGCUGAGCAAAUUUGAAAAUGUAUAUCAAAAGUAUUUUAGUAAAUCCGUACAAGAUACUAUUGUGAUUAUUGCAAAUAUAAUCAACAUACUUUCAAUAUCUAACAAACAACACAAAUCACGAAUGGAUGAGUCUCUUAAGAAAAAAACUGAAGCAGAAAAACUUAAAGCUAGAUGUGAUGCCAACCGAUUACACGAAAGACAUAAUAAAGUUCUACAAAAAAAGUUAAAAGGCUAUUUUUCAGACGUUGUAUCAGAUUUUGCAGAAUCGGAAUUUGAUUCAGCAUUUAAAUUGUUCUUUCUGAGUAUAUUGUCUGCACUUCGAGUUUUGGAGACACCAAAAUUUAAAAAAGGCAGCAUCUUCAAACAUUUGGUAUAUUUAUUAUGGACUACUUUGAAAGACAGUCAAUAUCAAAAUGAACAAGUUUAUCGUUUGUUUGGAACAAAAAAUUUUCGACCUGACUGCAUUGAUGUAAUAAGUCUAAUAGAAGAUAGUCGGGAUGUCGACCCCGGAAUCAUUGAUCGCAUGUCAUUUUUUUUUGUAUUAACAAUAAGCAGCCUGGAAUACUUUCAACCCGUUAUUCAUGCUAUUACCGGGAAUUCGAACAAAGACUUGGAAUUAUUAAUCGAUAAUGCUACGUUUCAAUCUCGCAUUAAUUCACAAUUGAAAGAUCCUGUUACUUCAUCAACUGUACAACAAUUAAAUAUCAAAAUACCAGCAACCGAAACUAUUCAAAAGCCUGUAAAUUCUGAAAAAUUAACUCAGUUGCUCCUAACCAAAAAUCCAGAUGGAACUUACCAGUAA